AUUUUAAUAGGCUAUAUUUAUUAGUAACUUUGUUGAUCCGGACCAAAAUGAGGGUUACGUCACUGACCCAUAUAUAAUGUAGCCUAUACAUAUAUACUGUAUAAACUACGCCAUCAAGUGCAGUUCUUCUAAACGAGUGGCUCCAGUGCACACACACACACACACACGUCACCCCCCGUAUUUCAUCAAUUCCUUCUCCGCGAGGACUGUAAGAUGUGUGUAUGGAGCUCAGAACACCGUCUGUGUUGCUAUUCGUGUUGUAAGAAACAAAAGAACAGACGAGGCAUUGAUUCCUCUCUGUACACAAGGACAUCUAUGCGCGCUUCAUGUGCAAUGCUGCAAAGCUAUGAGACCGACAAUUCAGCACUGUAAAUUAAAGAUACACGACCAAAACAACAGCCAGCGCCUCCAGCCAGUGCACUCUCUGCAGCAAGCCGUGCAUUACUGUAAAAUAUUUUGUCCUUCUGUACCUUUCGGAUUGGACGAGGCUCGAAGACUUUGCGUGGGACGUUUUGUAUUUGGUCAGUGUCCGGGUUUAUUCCUCCCAUCCGAAGAGCACGGAUUACUUCUUUGCGAAGAUAAAUGGAUACGGAGUUAUAAAAGCAGCCGACAAGAUGACCAAGCGUUGAACAGCAGAACUACAAAAGCCUCUAAGCUGUAACUUUUUUAGGGGGAGGUUGGCUGUUUCGCUUCGAAAUGGAUGAAUUCCAUCCGUUCAUCGAGGCGCUGCUGCCGCACGUGCGUGCCUUCGCCUACACCUGGUUCAACCUGCAGGCCCGUAAGCGCAAGUAUUUCAAAAAGCACGAGAAGCGGAUGACCAAGGACGAAGAGCGCGCCGUCAAGGAUGAGCUCUUGGGUGAGAAGCCCGAGGUCAAACAGAAGUGGGCGUCGCGCCUCCUCGCCAAGCUCCGCAAAGACAUCCGGCCUGAGUGUCGGGAGGACUUUGUGCUGGCCAUCACAGGGAAGAAGCCUCCAUGUUGCGUCCUCUCGAACCCGGACCAGAAGGGGAAGAUGAGGCGCAUCGAUUGUCUGCGGCAGGCGGAUAAAGUCUGGCGUCUGGACCUGGUGAUGGUGAUUCUGUUCAAGGGCAUCCCGCUGGAGAGCACGGAUGGGGAGCGGCUGGUCAAAGGUGGCCAGUGCUCCAAUCCCAUUCUCUGCGUCCAGCCUCAUCACAUCAGCGUGUCCGUCAAGGAGCUGGACCUCUACCUCGCCUACUUUGUGCAGGAGAGAGAAGCUGAACAGAGCAGUAGUCCUCGCACAGGCAUUGGUUCAGAUCAGGAGGACAGUCGAGCAGCCACCAUGGAUGCUCCAGAGUUUCAAGAGAGCUUUGUAACUUCGGGCGUCUUCAGUGUAACAGAACUGGUGCAAGUAUCAAGAACACCGGUGGUGACGGGCACGGGGCCGAACUUCUCUCUCGGAGAGCUGCAGGGUCAUCUUGCUUAUGAUCUGAACCCUUCAGGGGUGGGAAUGAGGAGAACCCUUCCCAGCACCUCCUCUAGCGGAAGUAAGAGACACAAGUCAGGAUCCAUGGAGGACGAUAUAGACACCAGCCCAGGGGGCGAGUACUACACCUCUCCCAACUCCCCUGCCAGCAGUUCACGCAACUGGCAAGAGGAGAUGGAAGGAGGAAUCUCCCCUACAGUUAAGAAGACAGAGAUGGAUAGUCCAUCUCCUCAGGAGAGCUCUCCACGUCUCGGCUUCACACAGCACCACAGACCUGUCAUUGCAGUGCACAGCGGUAUCUCUCGGGGUCCACAUCCCUCCUCGUCUCUGCACUUCCCUGGCGCUCCCAUUCUCCCCCAGACUGCCUCCACCUACUUCCCACACACGGCCAUCCGGUACCCCCCGCACCUCAGCUCUCAAGACCCGCUCAAGGAUCUUGUCUCUCUGGCCUGUGACCCGUCCAAUCAACAGCCCAGCCCGCUGAAUGGCAGUGGUCAGGUGAAGGUAUCCAGUCACUACAUCUCCUCUCAGAUGCUGGCCCCCCCGCUACCCCCUGGCCUGCCCCGUCUGACGCUGCCCCCAGAGUCCAAAUCCAGCACCACCUCUGCAGACGCAGCUGCCAGCUCACCCACCUCCCCCACAUACUCUGCUCCCGGGACGCCACCUGCCAACCGCUCCUUCGUAGGAAUUGGUUCUCGAGACACUGGCAGUUUGUAUCAGGCACAGAAACCUAACCACCAUGAAAAUGUUAAAAAUUCAAUCUUGAUUUCAAGCUGUAUUUGAAAAUUUCCCUUGAACCCCAGUGCCCUGAGGAAACACUACAGCAGCGCUAGUCUGGACCCUCUGAGAGACCCAAGCCUUCUGUGUUCAAUUAUAGAUCAGAAAUGAGCAGAUACAGUAUCUACCGCUGGACCCUCAGCUGCCAAAUGAAAUGUAGCCUUUCACAUUAAAUAUACAGCCAAUGUAGAUACAACACCUUAACCAAUAUAUGGGUAAUCCAUAGAACGUCUGAGGAAUUAUUUAAAAAAAUUUUCUGUCAAAUCAACCAAAUUUCA